GAGAACUUGUAGUACAGGAGAGAGGGUGGGCGGUGGAGCGCGCCAUUCCGAGCUAGUGGCGCGUGGAGUCUGGAACUCAACGCAACGGUAAAGUUAUUGGUCCAGAUACUCCCGUUGUACCGUAGUCUACGCCCUUGAGUUCAAUCCACCGACGACGCUCACGUGGGCACGUGCUUCUCCCCCAGGCUUUUCAAAGUAAAGCAAGGGCAAGUUCGUCAUUCUAUGCUCUCGUCCAUUCCCGGAGGCGCAACAAGUAUAACGUUCACACUCAUCUCGCCAUUUACGCCUCACUUAGUUCUGUCACUGUGUGCGUGUAUAUAUAUAUAUAUAUGUAUACACACAAUAUUUAUUUGUAUAUGUAUAUAUACAUAGAGAGAGAGAGUGAGAGUGAGAGUUGCUAAUGGCGUAAGAAGUUUCUCAACUUCAGUUGGGGUCGGGGGAAGGCACAACAACCCUGUUGUUCACUGGUCUAACUGCCUUGCCAUGUUGGGCUAGCGAGAUAUGUCCAUUCAGUAGUUCUGCAUUGAUUGUUCCUUUAUUUGGGAUUUCCAAGAAGUUCAAGUUAUGGACGUUUCAUCCUUCAUGCAAUAAGCCAAAACAAAGGGGAAAUGGGAGCAAUGGGUGCAGAAGACUUGAUGAAUUGGGACAAGCUGCAAGGUAUGGGGAAUGGGACAGAAGAGAAGAUUUUGGUGUUGGUGAGGUUAAGGCCUUUGAGUGAGAAGGAGAUUGCACGGAAUGAAGUUUCCGACUGGGAAUGCAUCAACUCAACGACCAUUUUGUACCGGAACAGCCUCCAAGAGCGGUCUGGACUUCCCACAGCUUAUUCAUUUGACAGAGUAUUUAGGGGUGACUGCAGAACAAGGGAAGUUUAUGACGAAGGAAUAAAGGACAUUGUUCUUUCUGUUGUUGGUGGCAUCAACUCAACUGUUUUUGCAUAUGGUCAAACAAGCAGUGGAAAGACAUACACCAUGAAUGGUAUCACUGAGUAUGCAGUGGCUGAUAUUUAUGAUUAUAUUCAAAAGCAUGAAGAAAGAGCAUUCGUCUUGAAGUUUUCUGCAAUGGAGAUUUAUAAUGAAGUUGUUAGAGACCUUCUUAGCACAGAUAAUACUCCACUGCGGCUUCUUGAUGAUCCGGAAAGAGGGACUAUUAUAGAGAAGCUCACUGAGGAAACUUUGAGGGACCGGAAUCACCUCAAGGAGUUGUUAUCCAUCUGCGAAGCACAAAGACAAAUCGGGGAGACCUCGUUGAAUGAAACAAGCUCUAGAUCCCAUCAAAUUCUUAGAUUGACAAUUGAAAGUUCUGCUCGUGAGUUUAUAGGGAAGGGCAACUCAACCACCCUUGCUGCUAGUGUGAAUUUUGUUGAUCUGGCAGGAAGCGAGCGGGCGUCUCAAGCAUUAUCAGCAGGGCAAAGACUGAAAGAAGGCUGCCACAUAAACCGCAGUUUGCUGACUUUGGGAACUGUCAUUCGCAAACUUAGCAAAGGAAGACAUGGACACAUAAAUUACAGAGACUCAAAGCUUACACGUAUACUGCAGCCUGCCUUGGGAGGCAACGCAAGAACAGCUAUCAUUUGCACCUUGAGCCCUGCUAGAAGCCAUGUUGAGCAAUCAAGAAAUACCCUUUUAUUUGCCAGCUGUGCAAAGGAAGUAUCAACAAACGCAAAGGUCAACGUAGUGAUGUCUGAUAAGGCAUUGGUGAAACAUCUGCAGAAAGAGGUUGCCAGGUUGGAAAGUGAGUUAAGGACUCCAGGAUCAGUAUGUGACCAUGGAGCAUUGUUAAGAAAGAAAGAUAUGCAAAUUGAAAAGUUGGAGAAAGAGAUUAGGGAGCUGAAGAAGCAGCGAGACCUUGCUCAUUCUCGGAUUGAUGAUCUACUACGAGCUAUUGAAGGUGAUAAAGGUUCACAAAAAGUCAACCAAAUUCAGUCAGUUCAUGGAGACUUUAGGAGUAAGGGAACUUCAUACCUACUGCAUACAGAAAAUAGUGUGGAUAAUUUUUCAUCUGAUGAUAGAUCUGACCCAAGCCAAGAAAUUGAGGAUCCUGAGUUAGGAACUGGAGAAGAUUCUGAUGAAAUAUAUAAGGAAGUUCGAUGCAUAGAGAUUGAUGAAUCAGGCCACGACAAAAUAUAUGAACCACUGGGCCAGUCAACUAGUGAGAGUGAAGAAAGCAUGCCAAUGUUGUCCGAGCCUGGGAGUGUCCAUAUUGUCGAACAGCAGACAUUAUCAGCUUCAUGUAGACAAGAUAGUGGCACUGAAGACGGUUAUGGUAUGUUGCAGCAGAGAAUUCGAGGUGGGCAGAACUCGAUAGAUUCUCUGUUUAGACCUCACCCUGAUGCAUUAUCGCCUGGGGCCCCAUCAACUAGUAUGAAAGUUUCUGGGAGCCAAAAAUUGACAAGAAGCCAGAGUUGCAGAGCUAAUUUAAUGACUGAUUCACCUGACUUUCACAUUGCUGAACAAAAUGAAAGCACCCCUCCAACUGUGUUGGAUAAAAGCUUCACAGGAAGACCAGAAGGUGCCUCCCUAAGGAAGCAAUGGAAACUUCCUCCUGUGAUCUAUGGUGCAGAUACUGUGAUCCUGUCCAGAAAUGAUUCUCAAUCUUCUGAGUUUAGUAGUUUUAUAGAUGAAAUAAAGAACCAGACUUCCAGCCAUGGCGAUGAGGAUAUUCCUACUCUUGGUUCUUUUGUUGCAGGACUCAGGGAGAUGGCAAAGCUUCAGUAUGAAAUUCAAACUGGCAAUCAGGUUCAAGAAACAGAUAUUAUAGAUGAAAAGAAAGCAAGAGAUAUUGCUUUGGAUCCAAUGAAUGAUUGGCCCCUCAAGUUUGAGAAGUUGCAGAAAUUGAUAAUUGAACUGUGGCAAGCUUGCAACGUUUCGUUGGUCCAUAGGACAUACUUCAUCCUCCUUAUUAAAGAUGACUUUGCGGAUUCCAUUUACAUGGAGGUUGAAUAUAGAAGAUUAUCCUUUCUCAGGGAAACAUUUGCCAGGGGUAACUCAGCCAUACAAGAUGGCCGUAAUCUUACACUGGCAUCAAGCAAAAAAGCUCUUCGUCGGGAGAGGGAGACUCUGAGCCGGCUCAUGUAUAAAAGCUAUACAGAAGACGAAAGAAAUAGACUCUACGAGGAGUGGGGCAUCAGUUUGAACUCAAAACAGAGGAGGCUGCAGCUCGUCCACCUUCUAUAUAGUGACACUGAAAAUAUGGAUCACAUUACAAAGAGUGCCGCCAUUGUAGCAAAGCUCAUUGGUUUUUCGGAACACGGCCAAGCCCUCAAGGAGAUGCUUGGACUUAGCUUCAGACCUCUACGCACAAGCCGAAGAUCCUUCAGCUGGAAAAACAGCAUGGCAUCUCUUUUAUGAGGCAGGUGGAAAUGUCUUUUAUGUAUCAGAGAAACUGUAGUUGGCAUUUGGUAUUUGAUUGAGUAGGAGUUUAAUGAUUGAUGUGUCAACUUUUGUGACGAUCAUUUGUCUGAGUUUACUAGAGACAAGGGAAAUUCUUGGCUAGAUUUCUGGCCGUGUAUGAAUGAGGUCGAAAUGAACUUGAAACUCUUGACAUUGAAACU